CGCCCGCCCCCUCGCGCACCCGCCCUGCCGCCUCCCUCCCGUCGCAGCCCGGCCACAUCUGUCUCCGCCUGCCACCCCGGAGGACCAUGUCCAGGCUCAGCUGGGGCUACGAUGAGCACAACGGUCCUAUUCAUUGGAAUCAGUUUUUCCCUAUUGCCGACGGGGAUCAACAAUCUCCGAUUGAGAUUAAGACCAAAGAAGUGAAAUAUGAUUCUUCUCUUCGGCCUCUUACUAUAAAAUAUGACGCCAGCUCAGCUAAGAUCAUCAGUAACAGUGGCCAUUCCUUCAACGUUGACUUUGACGAUACAGAGGACAAAUCAGUUCUGCGUGGGGGCCCCCUCACUGGAAGCUACAGGUUACGGCAGUUUCAUCUUCACUGGGGAUCCGAUGAUGAUCACGGCUCAGAACAUGUGGUUGAUGGAGUAAGAUACGCAGCGGAGCUCCACGUUGUCCAUUGGAAUUCAGAAAAAUAUCCCAGCUUCGUUGAGGCCGCACAUGAGCCAGAUGGAUUAGCUGUUUUGGGAGUAUUUUUACAGAUUGGUGAACAUAAUUCACAGUUGCAGAAGAUUACUGACAUUUUGGAUUCCAUUAAAGAAAAGGGCAAACAAACUCGAUUCACCAAUUUUGACCCAAUAUCUCUACUUCCUCCAUCCUGGGACUACUGGACAUAUCCUGGUUCUCUUACUGUCCCCCCUCUUCUGGAGAGUGUCACUUGGAUUGUUUUAAAACAACCGAUAAACAUCAGCUCUCAACAGCUGGCCACGUUCCGGAGCCUUCUCUGUACUGCCGAAGGGGAAGCAGCGGCUUUUUUAUUGAGCAAUCACCGUCCACCACAGCCUCUGAAGGGCAGGAAAGUGAGAGCCUCUUUCCUUUGAGUGUUGUCACCUGUGGACAACCCCAAGCGAAGAGAAAUAAAACAAAGCAAAACACAAAACAUCCUGCUAAGAGUUCUUUCCUAGGAUUCCAAUUUCCAGGAGCCCUUUUGCUCUCACCACAAAGAAAAUCAGAAACUUCUAGUUGAACUGACUUAACUCCUCCAUCCCUUUCAUGAUUGCUCUCAUGGCUCUAGAAGCAGGUAGCGUUCAUGAAAAUCUGUGACAUGCACCCACGGCUAUCUAUAUUAAAGCAAGCUAUCUCUAUUAACACAUCAAAGGCCUCGGAAUGGCUUCAAACUUCUUCCUUGUCCAGAAGACCGAAUUAGCCACAUUUAUCUGUUAUAUUUGAUGAGAUAUUUAAAUUCAUUUUGGGGAUUUUGGCCCCUGUUUCUACGUUAGUAAUUUUGCUUAAUGUCUUGAUCUGAUCCCAAUUUAUAAAAAGCAGAACGUAUUUUCUUGAAAAGUGAAUUUUUGUUUUCUGUUACAAAUUCUCAUUUCAUAAAUGUCACUUUUACUAAAAUAACAGUAUGAAGGUUACAGGAGGGAGUGGGUAGGUUACAGCUAGUUGGUGAGUAUUCCAUAGUUUAAAACAAAACAAAACAAAACAAGAAACCAUACCAAACAAACUAAACAAACCUUUCCUUUGGUAAGGAAUUCCUCAGGAGAGGCCUGUGCUACUUAAAUUUUAAUGGAUUUGGCCACAUAUCAAAAUCGUAAGUAAUGAUUAUGACACCUGGCUAAUAAUUGACCAGAUGUAGUGCUUACCAAUUUAUGGCACAAUAUGAUUUGAAAUGAAGAGAUUAUAAGGUCCCACUUGAGGCCUAAGGGCAUGAUAUAUGGGUUGCUUAUGUUGGCUGCAGAGUAGAGCAGGCAGCCAGCAAUUCUGUGAGAGCCUUGUCCUUUCAACUGGUGAAAAAAAAUUGCUUUCCUCUUGUUUCAAUAAUCCACACCCUUGGAUGCAAUUCUAUGGUAAAGCUGAUCCUCUCUCUCUCUCUCUCUCUCUCUCUCUCUCUCUCUCUCUCUCUGUCUCUCUCACAUUUAUUUCUCCUACAAUACUUUGAAAGAUGAAUCUUCAUUUUCAUUUUUAACCUAUUCUCUCAUGGAACUUUUUGUUUCCUUUUGGUGAAGAAGGGUGUGGGGGCACCUUUGCUCUUUUUUGAAGAAUAGAGUAACACUUAGCAGUAAAUCAAUGGUCACAUUUUCACUUGAACACUUCUACUGUUCUGGGAGAAUUUUAACAGUUAAUUGACAUUUGGCAAAUUUGAUUUAGACACCUUUCUUCUCCUGGUCUAUAUUUUUAAUCCUUAAGCUUAUUUUGUAGAGAAUCCUUAGUAGGAUAGCUCUGUAACAGUAGACUGUGUAAUGAUGUAUGUGGUGAUAUAAGAUGAACUCAUGAGAAGAGUGAGGCUGAUGCCCACGUGGGUUUUGUUUUCUGCAUUCAGGAUCUAGUUUAAAGCCUGGCAGGAGGCUGGCUUGUAGUAAAUACUUAAUGAAUUGAAUAUUUAAAAAAAAUCUAUAUAAUAUCUUCAGUAAUUACCUGACUGCUUGUGAUCAAAUGUACUGUAUGUUAAUAUGUAACAAGUUAAAUCUUAUCUCUUGGAAAUUGUUUCUUCUUAAAGGAAUACCCCUGAAGUCUAGCUAGUGUUGACAGAAGUUUUCAUGAUUUGAAAAAAAAAAAACAGUGUUGAAUGGGAGAGUUUGGAAAGUAUAUUAAGAAGUUUCUUUGUCAGAGAAAGAAGUCUGUUUUCUCAGAGAAUAUACAUUAAAAUAACUGGAAGGGCAUGUAGGAGGGAAUUCUAAUUACUGAGUAUAAGAGUUACCAUUUUAUAAAUUAUGGUUUCUGCUACAAUAUUGCGCCGGCUCCAUACAAUAUUGGAUUUUAGUAGACCAAAAAAAGUCUACAAGGCGGCUGUUUUUCUUGAAGUUUGUCUGCUAAUUUAUUUAUCUCUUAGAGGUAAAAGGUCUAAGCGUGUGUUAACCUUGUUAUCUUUUGAAAGAUUAAAGAGUUGUAAAUUAAUCUCUUUUGUUUUUCAGAACAUGUAUUCUAUUUUUGUUUGCUCAGCAUUUGGAAUUUUAAGUUAAAUUGGAUCCAAUCACAAUAAUAA